AUUAUUGAAAUUGAUAAAUUAUAUACUUAAAUUGCUUUUUUUCCAUUUUAUUUCUAUCUCCACCACCCCCGAGGCUCCUACCUUUACCCUUCUUCCUCCCCUGUUUCUACGAAUCCUCACGCCAUUUGCUUCGGUUCCUCGGUCCGAUCGACCGAGUUCGUCCCAUCUCCGGCCAUUUCCGAGCAAAUCUUCGAUUAUUUUGGGUCUGCGUCCUCGAUUUCUCUGAAAAAUGAGGAAAAGUUCGGCACUCUGAGGCCAAUUCCGGGUCGUCUUCUCCGUUCUGGGGGUUCCUUUGAGCUCUUUCUCGAUUCGGUUCGAUUUGUUGGCGGAUAAAGCUCCCAGCCUGCGACUCUUCGUGUUUUAUUAUUUCAAUCGGGAAAAAAAUCAUCCUUUUUUCGAUUCCUAGCUGAAAUUUUCGUUCAUCGUUCUCGGUUUGUUGAUCUUUAUUGUCUUAAUUUUUCUGGCUUCAGAUUAUCCAAAAAAAAAUCUCCUUUUUCUUGUUCCCGCUUCGAUUUUCGCCAGAAAGUUCAUAUUUUUCCCGAUCCUUAGUCUUAAAAAUCUCUUUUUUCUACGAUUUGUAAGACUUUCUGGUGUUAAUUUAUAUUUCUGUGAUCCAGUUCAAACUUCAGUUCCCUUCGAUCUGUUCUCCUUUCGAGCUAUAAAUUUUUGGGAUCUUUUCUGUCUACUUUAGAGCAAUCAAAUGGCUCGAGAAAGCUGUAAUCUUAACAAAGAUGAGGCCGAGAUCCUCAAACCCUCGUCAUCUUCUUCCCCUUCUCCUUCUCCACCCUCCCCUCCUCCGUCCUCAUCAUCGCCGCCUUCUUUAUUCGUCAAACCUUGCGAAGAAUUACCUCUUCAGAGGCCCGAGAGGCCGGAGACUGCGGCCACCGAGGCCUCGGCAGCGGCCGCCGUCGCCGUGGCCUCGGCAGCGGCCGCCGUGGUCUCGAGCACACCAAAGCCCGAAGAGGAAUCUCAGUCGCCCGUUCGGUUUUGUAACCGGUGCUCCACCUGCCGGAAAAGGGUGGGGCUGACUGGAUUCCGGUGCCGAUGCGGCGAUCUCUUCUGCGGCCGCCACCGAUACUCCGACACCCAUAACUGUUCUUUCGAUUACAAGGCAGCUGGUAGAGAGGAGAUUGCGAAGGCCAACCCUGUUGUCAGAGCUGCUAAGAUCAUCAAGAUCUAAGGUCUAAAAUUUUGUAUUCCUAAUAUUUUUUUUUCUUUCAGUUUCGAUCCUUAAAUCAACUUGUUUUGCUCUGUAAUCAGUUGUUGGGAUUAGAUAUCUAGCUGUUUACACAUCAACUAUUAGCUUGCAGUAGCAGUUAAAUUUGGAUGUAUGAAUUUUAAUAUGUGCUUGUCUCCUUGAAUUAUAUUGGCAGUUGGAUUAUAUAGAUUUGAUGUUAGUUGAAUUAUUGUUCCUGGAA